AUGUCGCUCGAAAAUACCGAUCCUCUGGCUGGACUUGAUUCCAUUGACUGGUCUAAACUCAACCACACCUAUGGGCCAGCCGAUGAUGUACCUCAUAUUCUGAGGGAGCUUCAGUCUACAAAUCCCGACGUCUACAAAACAGCGCUUGAUUCAUGCUGGUCCAACAUCUAUCACCAAGGCACCCGCUACAGUGCUUCCGUUGAAGCGAUUCCCUUUCUAUAUGCUUUGCUUGAUAGCCCAGCAACCAAGGACCGCGAGGUCAUAUUAUUCCUGAUUGUCAGUCUUGCAAUUGGCAAUCCAGACUGGGCGGUUCCUAAUGGGAUCGACAUCAAAGAAUGGGAAGAGCGUAUCGCGCGUAUGGAGCCCCCAAACCGUGGGUAUGCCAUGCAUGAGCUCAAAGCUUACGAGGCUGUUGAGCGGGGACUGUCUUCGAUGGUCCGUUGCUUGAGUGAGAAUUCAGCGAGCUUGCGAGCCAAUGCGGCUCAUGCUUUGGCAUUCUUCCCACGCCACUCGGAUGCAUCGGUCAUAGCUCUCCUGGAUUUGCUGAGUCGAGAGACAAACGAUAAUGUUCGUGGGACAAUUGUACUUGCGCUUGCCAUCUUGCUCAUUCGGGCGGAUGAUGAUUCAGAGAAAGGAAAUGUCAUUGAGAAGAUCCAGGAGUCCUAUGCGCCUUCACCAAACGGAGAAGCGGACGAUAUCUUCAAAUGGUCUUGCGUGGCUGCACUCUUGGUAUUAGGUUCAAAGGAAGAUGGGUUAGUUGAAACGGUGCAGCGUGUACACGAGGAUGAAGCGUACCUAUCCAAGUUGGAGGCAAGCAUUGAUUCUAGUUCUUGGUUUCCGUUCGCUACAUUAGGUCUACGGGAAUUGGCCACUUCCAUACUAGAGAGCCAUCAAAAAUAG